AUGGUUAUAGUCUUAUUCUCCCUCUUCAUUUUAAAUAAUUUUUCUGAAGCUGAUUUGAUUGAUUCUACUUGUAAGAAAACUUCUUAUCCUAAUCUCUGCCUAACCACUUUAAGAUCAAGUGGUGUUAGUGUUAAAGCAAGUGUGAAUUUGCUUGUCAUUAACAUAUUAAAAGCAUCUUUGAGUUAUGCCUCUGAUACUAGUAAUCAGAUAAACAAUCUUCUUAAAAAAACAACUGGAGGAUACCAAAAACAAUGUUUGGAGAUUUGUGAAGAAAAUUAUGAGGUGGCAAUUGCUGAUAUACCUGAUGCAAUUAAAUGGAUAGGUCGGAACGAAACAGAUAUUGCUCAAUCUUCGAUUAAUUCACUGGAUGUUGAAGCUCGUAAUUGUGACGAUGCAUGUCAUGAACUUCAAAUUAGUCUACCAUUUAGUGCAAGAAAUAUUAUGUUAUCACAUUUCGCAACUAUAAUGCUAGAGAUACUUCAAGGUCUACCUUCUUGA